AUGUGUGCCAGCGAUCCUUCACCCGCAACGAUGUCCUCCGCCGGCAUGUGGGUCUCCACCAGUCUACAGCCAUCCCAGAUCCUCGCAGGAGCCGCGCUUGUGACGCAUGUCAUGCUAGGAAGACUAAGCGCCUGGUACGAGAAUGAUGAGGAGCUGAGGAAUCUGGUUACUGAGCUACAUUUGAUGUUGGUGGAUCAUUUACUGCGAGAACUGGCUACUUCAACUUCCGUGGCAUUGAACGGCCAGCCGUGGCCGCUGGAGACUUUUCGCUCAGCGCUCCUUAACAUCGUCUUAGCGUUCGAGACGGGAAGACUAGAGCUUAUCUCCAAGGCCCGCCUUCUCCACGGCAUCCUUGUCACCCUUUUCCGAGACAAUGGCCUCUUCAGUGCGGAAGCAAUUGAAUGCCAACAAGACACGCACUACCCGGGGACCUUUACACCAUGGGUGCAUUUCGGUUUCCAGCGCUGGGUAAGGAUCGUGACCGCUGCCUUCAAAGUCGACGUCCACCUCGCCCUCCUCACCGGCCACCCACCGCUCAUCCAGCGCGAGGAGCUCGACUUACCCCUCGUCUCAACCUACGCCUUGUGGAAUGCCUACGGCCUCGAUCUGUUUCCCACGCGCUUUCGCACCCAGCCGGACGAGCGCGCCGGCUACCAUAUGUGCGACCUGCUGACUUUUGGCCGCAACUCACAGGUGCAGCCCCGUGGCGACAGUAUCGUCCUCCUUAAGGAUGUCGAGGUUGGUCUCCUCGGCGUCGUGCAUAACACUUGGCAGCACGCGCGGUGGAGCCGCAAGUGGGUCGAUGCCUCCGCAUCGGCCUGCGACGCCGAGCACCAGAAGCCGCUACACCAGCUGCUUGGAUUUUGGAAGGAGCGUCUAAACAACGUGCGGGGUGCAGAGGGUGCCCUGCUGGAGGAGUACGUCCGAGCGUACGCGGGCGAGGAAGAGGAGGAUAAGGCGGAGGACCGGCACGCUAUACUGGAUCGGUUGAGGGCGUACGUCCUCCAUGCCGUGCUACUCUAUCACUUUGUCACGGUACACUCUUACGCGGACGUCGAGACGCUGCGCCAGGUCCUGAUGGCUGACGCGGCGGCAGAGGAGUGUCCCCGUGGCCGGGAUAGGGAAGCGCAAAUGCGGCAAUGGGCCAACUCGCCGGACGGGCGAAGGGCGGUGUUGCACGCGCUAUACAUCCUCAAGGCGUACCGGGACGACGCACAGCUCGCAGCCCUGCGGAACUUGGAAGUCGACCCGAUCGCGCACCUUGCUCUUACAGCAGCUGCCCUAGUGACGUGGAUGUGGAUGAUGGCUGGCGCACAGGCCUGUACCUACGCUCAGAACAUUGCGGGCCUGGACUUGGGGCAAUACGCGCCGGAAAGUCCUCAGAUCGCGGACUGGGUGCAGAGUAGUGGUGUGGCUUGGGCUACUACUAUUAAGACGGACUGGUGUGGCCUAGCCGAACCAUCGAAUAAAAGGUCGGUCAAUGGCCAGAAGUCGAACCAGUCGAGAACUACCACCUAA